ACAAAAAGAAUUAUUGUCUAAGACAUUGAUAGGGAAGUUGUUGGUUUAGUGAUGGAUUUCUUCAAAGUGAAGAGAUUUAGAAAGGCUCAUAAGCCGGAACUAGAGACUAAUACAGAGGAAAAACCUGUUCCACUGCCGGGAGAGCAAAAGAAUGAAAAUGGUAAUGUGGGGAAAACAGCUUAUGUUGAUUCUACUAAUGCUGAACCAGAAGACGACGAUGAUGACUUCAUCACUAAUGAAGUAAAGAGGAGGUUGAAGGAACUGAGAAGAAACAGCUUUAUGGUAUUAAUUCCUGAAGAGUCAGCUCCAGAAGAUGAUGAUGCAGAUGAUGAAGAAGAACAGGUGAACAUGAAUCCCGGUGAUUGGAGGGAUGUUGAAGCAGAAGGAAGACAGUUUUGGUCUGGCUUCAAUGCCGUGUAUGACAAAUACUCUGAACAAAUGCUGUUUUAUGACCGCCUGCAUGUUCAGCAGCUGCGUGAAAUUGGUUCGCAUAUUUCAUCUACUUCUUCGCCAAGAUCUGCACCUAAAAAGCUUGUAUCACCCUUUCGGUGCCUGUCCUUGAAAAAAAUGGAUGAAUUUCAGGAUGAAACUCAGCACUUGCACCAGCCUGUGGCUAACAUUAAUCAAGAUCUUGAAACAGCUUACGUAGCUCAGAUGUGCCUGACCUGGGAAGUUCUUCACUGUCAGUACACACAAUUGAGUCAGAAAAUCUCUAGCCAACCUGAUAGUCCCAUCUUCUAUAAUCACAGCGCUCAGCAGUUUCAGCAGUUAUUGGUCUUGUUACAACGAUUUAUUGAAACUGAACCUUUUGAACCAGGUACAAGGCCUGAAAUUUAUGCUCGCAUGAGAAAUGCAUUGCCUAUGCUACUUCAGGUUCCUAAAGUCCAAGGUUCAGAUCAAAAGAAAUUGGAAGAUGAUGAGUUGCCAGUUCUUGCUCCAGAUCUACUCAAAGUGAUUGAAAGUUCAAUCCUCACUUUUCGUCUAUUUGUGAAGAUGGACAAGAAGUCUAGCAGUGUACGAAAUCUUUUCGGAAGCCAGAACCAGAUGACAACACCCGUUCAUCAGGUUCAAUGUUCUCUUGAAAAGAAAAAGGUGAAACUGAAGGAACUACGGAAGAAAACAAAGAACCUGAAGAAGAAAUCAUGGCCUAGCAUGGCAGCAGAUGUCGACCUGUUGCUUGGCCUUAUUGAUGUAAAGGUCAUGAAUAGGGUCCUAAGAAUGGAAAGAAUCAGUAAGGAGCAGUUAUUCUGGUGCGAAGAAAAGAUGAAGAAGCUAGAUGUAACUGACGGCAAGCUGCAGAGGGACCCCUCUCUCAUCUUAUUUCCUGGUUAGCAGGCAAAUCGAAACUCUUGACUUGCUAGAAAAACCAAUAUCCUCUUUUUUCCUUCUGUAUUGGCUGUAUAAUAGGGUGGAUAUUCUUUUAUCAACUGUUUGACAGUGGUGGUUUUUUUAGUUGAAAAGACUUGAGUUUUAUUUA